UAACACAAGCCGCCCUUCACCAGAGGAACUCUACAAAUAGCAAAGCCAUGGUGGAAAUAUAACAAGAAGUUCCCCCAUUCAUUUCCUUCCAAACUAAAGUAUUAUCAUUUGGCAUAUCUCCUUCUGACAUUCAACCCCACACGCGUUGCCCUAUAAAUCUCAAACGCAGCUCAAAGACAAACCCUUUAAAAACCCUUCUCCUCUCUCCCUCUCUCUCUACCUUCUCUAAUUUUUUCUGAACAGCCUUUCUUUACCUUCUCAAUUACCCAAAAACAAGAAACCCCAUAUAUACGCCAACUUUUCAUGCUUAUCACCCAUUUUCUCUCUCAUGGCUUCCGCUUCUAAUAACAAUAUGACCACCACCAUGCACCACAGCCCACCCCCCUAUGGAUCUGACCCGUCCUCGCUCGACACCACCUUUGUGCAAGCCGACUCGUCAACCUUCCGCACCAUUGUUCAAAAGCUAACUGGAGCAACCGACGACCCAUCAACCCAAAAGCUCCCAAUCACCCACCCUAAUCGUUCCUCUGUAAUUACAGGCCCUAAAAGACCUGCAUUCAAACUUCAAGAAAGGAGACAGAGCGCCAAGAACUUAGAAAUCAACCUUAACAGCAAUUCUACAAUCAACAACAGCUUCGAGCAUCCUGACCUCUUGCAGUUCAGACAGCGAACUGGUUUCUUGGUGUCCCCGGUGUCAACUUUGGACUUCUUUUGUGCGCGCGCAAGCCCUAGGUCACCCUACGAAGAGUUUUGUUCCCGUGGGGGUUCCAGUGAGGAGGAAGAGAGAGCCAUUGCUGAAAAAGGGUUUUAUCUGCAUCCAAGUCCUUUGAGCACUCCCAGAGGAGUUGAGCCUCCUGAGCUAUUGCCCCUAUUCCCCUUGCGUUCUCUUAGAGACGACAAAGAGGAUCAAGAUGAUGAUCGCAAUUCUUGUUCUUGAAUCAGGAAUCUACUAAUCUAGAGGGCUAGUUAUAGAAUAUGCCAAUUUGUUUAACGUUCCUUUGAUGGAAAUGUUAAUUAUCUUAGUUAACUGUUAAUGAAUGGGGUGAUGAGCUAACAGAAGUGAUUUGGCGCCUGUGGAUAAGUAUGGUCGUUUUAGUAAUUUACGUUAUUUUUUCCUU